AUGGCUACCAAAGCUGCCCGCCUCGGUGAAGAGGUGUGGAAGACCCGCGUUGACAAGGUCAAUGCCGAACUCGUCACCCUCACCUAUGGCACCAUCGUCGCCCAGUUGUGCAAGGACUACAACGCCGACUAUGCUCAAGUCAACAAGCAGCUCGACAAGAUGGGCUACAACAUGGGCAUGCGCCUGAUUGAGGACUUCCUGGCAAAGUCAAACUCCGGCUCUUGUUCCAAUCUGCGCGAGACGGCCGAGAUCAUCUCAAAGGUCGGUUUCAAAAUGUUCCUCAACAUCACCCCCGUCGUCACAAACUGGUCGUCCGACAACAAGUCCUUUACUCUGCUCUUCGACGAGAACCCUCUGGCCGACUUUGUCGAGCUGCCCGACGACGCAAAGGCACAGGAUGAGCUGUGGUACUCCAACAUCUUCUGUGGUGUUUUGAGGGGUGCCUUGGAGAUGACUCAGUUCAUGAGUGACGUUCUUCGCGGCAACGACACGACCGAGAUACGCGUCACGCUCAUCAGGUACAUUGAGGAUGAGAUGCCGCCAGACGAUGAGUGA